CGUAUUUGAAAUUGGACUUGCUUCGAGCUUGAUAUUUCGCGCUUUACCACAUUUAUUCCAUUCGAGAAUUCCAUUCCGCCAUACACUACAACCAUUCUGUGGCGAUCAACGUCGUAAUUUGGACGCAAAAACAUUUGAUUUCAAGUGUUCAGUUGGAAACAUAGACUGUAAACAUUUUUGUCAUAAAACGAUGUUUUAAUAUUUUUCUUAUUGGUGUUGUAUGGAAAAUAACUUCCGAAAAUGGAUAUUCCAGAAACGGGUGCCGUAUUCACGCUCGGAAAAUCCUAUUUAUCGGAAAAUCAUCAAAGUUAUUUCUUCAUAAAGAAUGACCCAAUUAGAAAAGUUAUAGCUGGGGAGAAUCAGAGUGCGGUGAUUUGUGAAUCAGGACGUCUAUUUAUAUGGGGAGAAAAUCAAUGGAAUCAACUGUCUGCAGGUUCAAAAGAGGUUAUUGCAAAACCUUCGUGUGUUAAAGAAAUAAAAAAUUUGGGAUAUAAAGUGCGGAAUAUUGCAUUUGGUCAGGCAUUUAGCGUGAUCCUAACAGAAAACAACAAAGUAUUUUUUAAUGGCAAAUCCAUAUUUACAAUAAAUGAAACGUUUGGAAGUAAGUUUCGAAGUUUGGACAACAACGUGCACUGUAUUAUUAGACAUAACUACGAAAUUAUCGACUUCCAUAAGCGGUGUUUGGACGACCACGGCAAUUUGGACGAUUUGGUUGAUAUUAGCGCGCACAUUUUAGGCACGUAUUUUGUAGUGCUCACAAAUAGCGGAAAACUGUAUAGUUAUGGGUACUUUGGCUCCGCAGUAAAACGGCCGAGUGAAACAGUGAGGCGAAUCAGUGAAAAUUUUGUGACGCGAAUCGCCAAAUGUGGCAGGACAUUUGUUGUAUUUGUAACCGAUUGUAAUGGAGUUUAUGUGCUUGGAAAAUUAAAUUCAGUCGAAUAUAGCCGAGUCACUAAAUUGAAUACAUCUGACUUGAAAGACACCGUGUACAGCAUAUACGUUUCGCAGAAGGAUGAAAUUUUUUUGAUCAGUAGCUCGGGUGAUGUUUAUAAAAGUACAAGUGCUACGGAAAUUCAAUUCGAACGUAUUAUUUUGUUCAAUCAAAACGACAACAUUUGGAAAUUUUGUUCGGGGCACGAUUUUGUGUGUGUUCUUACUGAUAAAAACAAAUUUCUGACUACAUUCAAUGAAAAAUUAUCGGCCAAACACAAAGGAAUUAGGCUACCCCAUGAACUAAAAAAAUUUCAAAACCUCCGUAUAUUGGACAUAGCUGCAGGGCUACACCAUAUUCUCUUAUUCGCAGUGUCAAAGCUCAGUCCAAGCACAUCAUUGGAUAUCACAUCAUCAGAUGCAAAUGAAAACAUUCCCAUACAAACAUUGCCCAAAAGUUAUGAUUCCACCAAAAGUGUUGAAAAUCAAAAGCGAUCUAUUGAAUUGUUGCAUCAGAAUACACCAGAUUUCAAGAAUAUUAUAAGCUCAAAGCCAAUUUUGGCCAAAGAAACUCUUGAAGAAAUACAUUCUGAUGCUCGGAUCGAUAUAAGUGAUUCCAUAAAUCAGACGAUAGUAUCAAAAGCCUACACUCAACCGAAUACAUUGGAAGCGGAUAAAAAGAUUACAGCAAUUGAAGUAGUUAAAUCCCAAACGGAAUUAUCGCACAGCAAAGACGAUGUACAAGAAAAUCACUCUAAAAUAAGUGAUAAAGUCGAAAUCAAGAUGGACAUUGUUAGUAAGAGUGUCUCCAAUAUUGGAGAUAGUUUGAUGAAUGAUAUAAAAUCUGUUGCAACAACGGGUGAGGAAAAGCUAAAGGACUUGGCUGAAGAAACUGAGAAAACAGUAAAAGAAGUUCCAAAAAAUGUCAUCGACUACGUUAAAACAUCGAUGGGACUUGAAAAAGAAGAGGAAAAAAACAAAAACGUCGAUGACACAAACAUGAAUAAAGUAAUAGGAAACACAGGCGAAGAGUCAACCAAUGAAAUAUCAAGUGACCCACCGAUACAGAAUUCAAAUGAACCAGAUAAUAAUGAAAUGAACAAGCAAAACAAUAAAUUAAAUCGCGCAUUGGCUCAAGAUGUUACGGUAUUUGAUGAACUUAAAGAUGACACUGAAGCUGAUAAUGAAGUCAAGUUCAUAAACGAUGGUGUUGAUGUUGGCAGCACAUCAAAUAUUAUACAAGCGAUGAAUGAUGAAAUCAACGAAAUGAGCAACAAUCCAAAAAAUAAAUCAGACGAACUGACCAUGAAAUUUGAUGAACUUGCCGAAACUACGGAAGCAGACUCAAAUAAAAUAUUUCAAAUCAAGAAUGUUGAGAAAGAUAUUAUGAAAGAUGUCCCUGCUACAACAGCAAAUUUAAUGACAAAAAUUAUUCCGUUGAAACAUGAUUUGGAUGAAGUGGACCUUGAAGCGGACGUUGACACUGAGCUCACUGAGCAAACAACUGCUUCAAUCAAAUCGGUAAGUACGCCGGCCAAAAAUCAGUUUGAAAUGAAUGCAACUGUAGAAGAAAUUGAGGCGACUACCCCGAAAGAAAGCGAAGGACGUGUGAAACGGUUUUUCAAUGAAAUCAAAAACAAUUGCAAAACAUCUGACACUGUUGUAGAGAUGGAGGAGAAUGCAAUGCAGCAAGUACAGCAAAUAAAAAACCACUCAUUAGACAUCAUUGGGGACAAUAAAACGUCCAAAGUGUGUACAAUUUUGUAAGCAACGCAGCUAAAACGAUUUCAGAUGAUUUCUUUCCUUCCGAUUUAUUAUGAUUCACUUCCAUUUCCACUCUAGUAUGUUUACAUUACACUUUGUUCAACAAUAAAUUCAUAUUUUUUUUCAUUUGUAGCAGUAAUAAACUAGUGUCUAAUUUAUUGAUGA